UCAAAUAAUGUUUAGCGAAUGCGUACACGCAGAAAAAAAAUUAGCCAACAAAGCUAAAAUUUAGUUGUAGCAACUAAGAUGUGUCUUUAAAAUAGGGACAGCUAAUAUCGUUCCUGCCGGAGCUAAAUUUAUUAGUUAUUAAAAUUAGCAGUUACAGCAAGAAAUAUUGGCUGCCAGAAUCAAAUAAUGUUUAGUGAAUGCGUAUACACGGAAAAAAAUGACUCAGAAGUGAUAACUAAAUAUCAGUAGCUAGUUCGAUAUUUUCUAUCAGUACUAAAAAUUGACUAUUAAAGAUAAAAUAUAUUUGCUGUGAAUCACAGUUUUAUUAGCUAAAAUAAAAUGUGUGUUUUAACACGUGUAGCUAAAAAAAAAGUGGCAGCUUUUCCUCAAUAUCUUAGGCGCAUGAAAUUGUAUACGCAUUCGAUGUGCAAUUGUUUAUUGGAAUGCUGCCGCGCUGCCACAGUGCCACUGAUUGUGAGUGCCACUGAGUGCCACGUACAUUUGUAUCGCGUGUUGUUUUCUCUACGUUUUUCUAUAUAUAUGAUUUCACGUUUCAAUUGUGUUGAGUUUAUCAAGCUUUAAAAAUAUGGACAAUGUAUCCCAACUUUUACACACUUGGGGCGUUACAGACGUCGUAAUAGAAACAUUUAAAGAAAAUCGAAUACGAAUGGAUCAUCUCACAAAGAUGACGGAAUUAACUAUGGAAAAAUUAAUUCCCAUUGCUGGGGAACGUUUAGAUUUUAUGGAGCAUUUAAAAAAAUAUAAAGAAUAUAUGCAAAAAGUUGCUAGACCAUGUUCGAAAUCAAUUAGUAAAGACAGUUCAGUACCAAUUGUGGAUAUUGUGCUUCCGGUUAGUGAAGACAUUACAUAUCCUGUUAUUGAAGUUUUCGAUAACACUCUUCCGUCUACGCAAGACAAGAGUAAUCUCUCUUCUUGUGAAAAGAAUAAUUCUUAUGAUUUAUUUGCUAUUUUGAAAUCAUCAACAUGUGGAAAAAUGAUAUUAGCAUAUCAUAAUACUCACGCAUGUUUAAAUAAUAAUAUGCGUAAUUCGUUGGCGAGCGAAAUAAUAAAUUAUGAUUUAAAUAAUAACAUUAAUGCUCGUAUGCAAAACGAACGGGUAGAAUUCCUUGCUAAAGAAGUUGUCAAACAUUUUCCAUCUGAGGUAGAAACUAUUUGGAAAGGAGCUUAUUUUGGUAAAUCUCGUCGAGAGAGUUCUGUAGGACGAGGUUUACUAUUACAAAAAUAUUACAGUACACGCAGAAAAUUAAGAAAAUGUGGAGUGUUAACAAAAGAAUCAGUACAUGCUAUAAAAGAUUCUAGUGCCUCAACCUCAGAAAUGCAAUUAGAUGAGAACAUACCUCAGAUGGAUACUACGGGUAUGCAGUGGUUAAAAAACAAUAGUAAACCAUGGAGUAAAGUCCAGGAAUUAUGGACAGUAACGAACAAUACCAGAAUGUGGUAUUUACAAAAAGAUGCAAUUGCUGUUCAUGAGUACAUGGACAUGUUCCCUGCUGUAAAACAUGCAAAUGGAUAUCUACUAUUGGAGCAGGAUUUUAAUAAAAUGUAUCCUAAUUCCACAAUGAAACUAUAUACCGACUGGCCGUUAUUUGCUGCUUUUAUCGAAAAAAAAAUAAAAAAUAAAAAAGAAAUAGAAGACAUUAAUAAUUCUCUUACUCCAGACGGGAAAAAAGUGAGGACAUUGCUCGCUUUAAACUUAUUGUUCACAGUACUAACUACGUUAAAAAGAAAAAAGGAGCAGUGGCGACCUUCGCGCCAAGAAUCACGUGAAGCAUUUUUACUUCUUGUGAAGAGUACAAAUGACAUUCAGCCUACAUUAAAUUUGAGAAGGCAAAAAUAUGCAAAAUAUGGACUUACUUUAGGAGUACAGGCCGUAAUUGUUGGUAAAAAUAAAGAUUAUAUCACACACUCCUAUGUCGUUAUUAAUGAAGUGUAUUACGAGGUAGAAACUCCAUUGAAAGCGAUUGAUAUAGCCUUUAAAUCGAUGUAUGCUUUAGAUAGUAAAUAUCCAGUUGAAUGUGCCAGGGAAUGGCAUUUUUUACAAGAAGGAUUAUAUGGAAUCUCCAAUGACAAAAAUAUUUCUAAUCUUGCAGUAUUAGCUUUAACAGAAGAAUAUUUAAAAUUUAAAUCUAAUCAUUAACAGUGAGAUUAUAACACCGCAAAUGCUUACGUCAAGUUUAGUUUCAAUGCCUAAAACGUGUAAAGUAUAUACUUUAAUUAAGUGUUUAUAACACACUCGUUCUUACGAAAAGCAAAAGAUUUUUACUUUAUGAUAAAGUAAUGUUGUUCAAUUAACCUUUAGUUUUUCAGCGGUAAUACAACUUAUAAUUUUUAGUUUUUUUUAACAUAACUGUUUAAUUACAAUAUUAAUUAAUGUUUAAAUUUAGUUUUAAUUUUAUAAUACUACAAAAUUCUUGUAUAUUUGUAUGGUACUAUUACAUCAUUCACUAAAUUUAUUUAAAAUGAUUUUCAUAAAAUGUCAUUGCUAUUAUGAAUUUUUGGGCAGUAUUGAUGCUCUUCAAAUUCAUUUCUCUAUAAAGCAUCCAGCUUGUACAUAUUUUAGAUGCGUUAUAGAGACAUGCGGUCGUUCAUUUACUGUGUGGAACUCAUUUAGGAAACAUUUGCGAAACAAGCAUAAUGUGCCUAAUCGUUUCGAUAAUUGUAAUAAUAAUAUAACAAAAGUAAAGCCAACAUAUUGUCAUAGUCCAAAUGUAGCUUCUGAUACAAAUAAUGAUAUUGUCCAAGAUGAUCCGGAAUUGUUUGAUACAUCACUUCUUGAUUUUCAGACUUUGUUGGAAUUACAUGCCAAUAUUCUUGUAUCUAAAAUUAACACAAAACCAGGUCUCCCACGUAAUCUGGUUAAUUCUAUAAUUGAAGAUAUUUCUAUUUUUGUUGGUGGAAGUUUUUUCAAAAUUUUGAAGCAAACUGUUGUAGAUGCACUUUUAUCCUGUCACGCACAAGCCGAAAAUAUUUACAAUAUUGAAAAGAUGUUUGAAUCUUUGAGUAAUCCAUUCCAUCACUUAUCUACAGAGUACAAGCGUAUGAUGUAUUUUCAAUCUACAGAUGCAUAUAUACCCCCUGAGAGUUACUACAUUGAUUCUCAUGUGGAGAAAAAACGUACAUAACAAGGUGUAAAACCACAAAUGAAACAAGUAAUUUCACAAUACAUUCCACUUAGAUAUGUUUUACAGAAAUUCUUUGAACUUCCAGAUGCUUUUAAUAGUACAAUACAAUAUAUACAAGAACUUCAGGCGGAAUCAGAUAUGAUUUAUAAUUUUGUACAAUGUCAAAGAUGGAAAUUUAUAACCACUAAAUAUUUUAAAAAGUCGGACAUUGUGUUCCCACUUCUGGUGUAUUAUGAUGAUUGGGAACCAAAUAAUCCCCUCGGACCGCAUUUAAAAAAGAUAGGUGCAGUAUAUGUAACAAUACCUUGUUUGCCUCCAGAGUGCCAAUCCAAGCUUGAUAAAAUUUUUUUAGCUCUUCUGUUUUAUUCUGAUGACAGGAAACAAUAUGGUAACAGAAAAACGUUUGCUCCUUUGAUUAACGAACUUAUAUAUUUAGAAACUGAAGGAAUAGAUCUAAUUUUGUCUGUCGAUUUUGUAAGGCAUCAAAAUUUUUGACUGAGAUUCAGUGCAUUGAAGAUCCAACUUUAUUUAGGAAUUCUGAAAAUUAUUACAAUGAUUUGGCUACAAACAAUGUGAGUAUGACCGGGAUCAAAGAGAAAUGUAUUUUUAAUGUUGUACCAUCAAUAGAUAUUGUUGAUUUACUUUUUGUUGAUGGAAUGCAUGGCUGUUUGGAAGGAGUGGGACAUUACUCAAUGAUUCCUAUCAUAAAACAUUUAUCUUAGUUAAACCCUCUGUUUUUUAGAAAUACUCAAUAACAGAAUGUACAUGUUUGAUUAUGGUCCCUAUGAUAGCCUAAAUAAGCCAUCUUGCAUAACUCCUGAAACAUUAAACAAGAAUAAAUUAAAAAUGACAGCAAAUGAAAUGAUUUUGUUUGUUCGUUUGUUUGGAAUCUUUUUUGGUGACAUAGUCGAUGAAAAGGAUGAAUUUUGGCAAUUAUAUCUUUUCUUACAUGAUAUUUUUAGCAAAAAUUCAAGCAAAAAGACUUCCAUCUGAUAUUAGACAUGUUUUGCAAAUUUUGAUAAAAGAGCAUAAUGAAUUAUAUCUUAAAAUUACAGCAGAAAAAUUAAAACCUAAACAUCAUUUUCUCUUGCAUUAUGCCAGGAUUUUUAGGUAUAUGGGAUCGUUUUCAAAUGCAUCUUGCAUGCGUUUCGAAGCCAUGCAUAAACGAUUAAAAGCAUAUUGCACUGCAUCAAUGUCAAGAAAAAAUCUUCUUCUGUCUAUUGCCUACAAAUUUCAGUUGACCUCAUGUUAUAGAUUUGUAAUACAGUCCAGUAUUUUAUCCGAUAUUAUUAUUGGACCUGGAAAUAUUCAAGAUCUUUCUAAAUUUUCUCAAUACUUAUUUUUUAAAUCAACACUUCCCGAUUCUCUUGUAUCUUCUGAAAAUUUUUGUAUGAAAUGGGUCGAAUGGAAAAGUUUUCGAUACAAACUUGGAUUUGCUCUCAUUGUAGGAGUAGAUAUUUCUAGUGAUUGGCGUUUUGGACGCCAUAUAAAAAUUAUUUUAGUUCAUGAAAAUAAACCUUUGUUUAUAUGUUUACUUUUAACUUUAAUAUUGGAUUGAAUUCACAUAUCAGAGGAUAUGAAAUAGAACAUGAUGAAAAAAAUAACAAAUGGUUUUGCAUUAAAGUUAUUGAACUUAUUAAUUAUCAGCCACUUUACAUAUACCAAAUGGCAAAUGGAGAACAGUAUGUUGUAUUAAAAUAUUUUUUGUAAAUCUAAUAAAUUAAAAAUAGAAAAGUUUUUGUAUAAAAUC